AAACAAACACAAAUGCUCCUUCCCCAAGGGCGGGGGCGGUGCCUGAGCGACGCACCAAUCACAGCGCGCCCUGCCCUAUAUAAGGCCCUGAGGCCCGUGCAGUAGUUUAUGCUAUUUGCUAGGUGGUACGUAUUGCUCUACUCUAAUGUAAUGUCUGAGAUGGUGCCCGUCGCUCUAGCGGACCAGGUUCCACCGUCCAUGGAAAAACCUCCCCCCCAAAAAAGGGGCAAGAAGCCGGUUGGUUUGACGGGUGAAAGUCGCAAGACCACAAGCGCCUCAUUGUCCAAGUUGAUCAUCGAGGCCCUUUCCAUUUCUCAAGACAGAGCUGGCAUGUCUGUGGUAGCACUGAAAAAGGCGCUAGCAGCCGUGGGCUAUGACGUGGAGAAGAACAACAGCCGCAUCAAGCUGGGUCUCAAGAGCCUGGUUAGCAAAGGAAUUCUGGUGCAGACCAGGGGUACCGGUGCUUCCGGCUCUUUCAAGCUCAGCAAGAAGGUUGCUGCUGAGCCCACCAAGGGAAAGGUCAAGAAGCCUGUUUCUACCAAGACGAAGAAGCAGGUCUUGGCCGGAGACUCCAAAUCUCCGCAGAAAGCUAAGACCAACAAAAAAGCAAGGACGCCGAGGAAAACAAUGGCUGAGAAAGCAGGUUCGAGUGGCAGAAAAGCUAAAGGCGCCAAGGGCAAACAACAACGGCAAAGUCCAGCGAAGGCCAGAGCAGGGAAGCCCAAGGCUGGGAAUUCUAAACUGAUCCAGCUGAAGACUAAUCCUAGGAAAGCAACAACCAAGAAGUAACAUUUCGGCAACGGCCAGUUUUCAUAGAACCCAACGGCUCUUUUAAGAGCCACUCAAAUGAUUUUGAGGGUGUGACAUUGCAUUUUCAGAAGACCCCGGAAGAAAAGACUAUUAGUCAACUUUAUCACUUGACAAUAAGCAAGAUUGUGAUGUGGUGAUAAGUGUCUUGUCAGACAAACGGUACAGACUCUGAAGAGCUUUGGAUACUUAAUGGUAUGCUGACUGCCCAGUUCCAGAAAGUUAGGUUGUCCAUCCUAAUAAAAAUAAGGCACAUUCCUUGUAUGUAAGUUCCUAAAUGCUUAGAAAAGUGCUGGAUUUUAAGCCGAGAGAGGAGAGGAGAUCAGCUCCGUGCCCAACCAUACCUGACCAUGUUUUUUCACCUAAUGAUACUCUAGUAUAUGACUUAAUGUGCCUUUCCAUGUAAGAUUUCUGAACUCAGUCUCCAUGGACUUUACAGGGGUUAAUAUACAGAAACCAAGGUCU